AAGUCCAAUCCGCUGCGAUGCCCUAAUCGAGCCACAUACUUUGCAUUCGACCCCUAACAACGGACAGUCUACGCGCGCGGAUAUUGCGCCCGCGAGGACACAGCUCUCGAAAACCACCUCAUACACGCGCGCGCUCACUUCCAGGGCCCAGGCGAUGGAGCGGCGCACCGCGGCGAGCGGCAGCAGGCCGCGCAGCCAGACAGCAGAGGCGGCGGCAGCGGCGCCCCCCCGGCAAACUUCGCCCGUGGAGAGCCGAAGAGGGUCACUGGCAGAGGAGCCGGCUCAGGCGACGCAUCCUUCGAGGCGGAGAUCACGAUGAUGCAGAAGUUCACGCUCAACAGCGCGCAGAUGAUACGCCAGCUGUCAGGCAGCCUGCGGGACUUCUUUCUGGCCCCAGGAGGCCACCCCGCGGUGGGCGCGGCCGUGGAGGCAGGCACGACAUGCGCGGAUCACACCAAGGAGAAGGGCGGCAAGACAACGGGGCCGCCACACCUGCACGCGCGCAUGGACUUCUUCGUGGAGAUGGGCCAGAACGACAAGGCCGAGGGCGAGCGCAAAGCUACCCUGACGGACGUCCGAUACCCCAUCGACGUCAUGGACAUGCAGAACUUCGGGGACACCCUGAGCUACUUCAAGGUCAAGAAGGCGCGCGCGGAGCAGGGGCAGCCAGAGCGCUGGAAGCUGUGCCUGGCGUCCAACCGCCUAGCCAGCAACCCCUGGACCAAGCGCUGGGAGGACCAGAUCAAUGCGAUCCGCGAGGGGAGCCAGGGACCCGAUCAAGCUCCAGCAGGGCACUCAGAUCGCAGACCUCAGGAGGGCCGUCGUCCACGCGCCGCGGGCGGCGGGAGCGGAGCAGAUCUUCGGAGCGCCCCCGCCUUCAGGCUUGGAGAGGCAAAUUCAAGCCGCCCUCAGAGCCAGGCAACAGCAGAUGGAGGGAUAGAGCCUGCAGGCCUUCGACAGCUAGCAUGAUCUGGAAGUCAGAGAGCCCUAGACCUGCUGAGGAGGAUCGGAAGAAACCGACAGCAGUGAGCCUAGAGGCCUUGAGGUAAUCACUUGCGUCACUGCAUGAUGAAUGAGAACACUUUCCUUCGUGUAGCGUAAGCACGGGUGAACAAAUCUGAAGUUGCCGUUGUUUUCUUUGUUCCCGCGGUGUCCGUCCCUGGGUCUCUUCCGUGUUUCUCGGCCGCGCGCUGUUCGUCUUCCUUGGGACUUCGCGGGGUUUCGGG